CAAUGAUGAGAAGUAUAUCUAAUUCAACAAUUGACUCAUUGGAUUCAUUAGCCAAUGUUGAAUUUAUACCUUCUGGAAAGUUGAAUUCAAAUACUUAUGAAGCUAAUACCUAUAUCACUAAUUGUUAACAUAGUGAAGAAGAAUGUUAUGGAAACAUGAUUUUAGCAUGUGGUCUAUAAAUUCAAUAAGAUUAGGUUUCUAGUACUAAAUUUGUGAGAUGUUUCUUUAAAGAAGCUUAUAAAUAAAAUUUUCAAGAAUAAAUAGAGAAAUGUUUAGAGAAUACUUAAUAAAAGUUGCAGGUUAAGGCAUGUGCUAAUGGUCCAUAAGGAAUUGAACUUUUAUAUGCAAAUAGAUUGAGAACUCCAAAUUUGAGUUAUGUUCCAUCUAUUGCAAUAAAUGGAUAGAUUUAAAAGUUGAAAGAUGAUUUUGGAAAAGUACUUUGUUCUUUAAGUGAUGCAUAAGCUAUAUGUAAAGAUAUUAAAUGGGUUUGA